AUGCUCACUCUCGUUGGUGUCAAUGGAGCGGGCGCCUCUGGUCCCGCACCACCAACGCAAAAUCAGAAUCGACUCGUGCCUGCAAACAUUGUUCAAAACUCGCAAGCCAUGUUUGCUGCUCGGGCCCCUAUGCAACAAGUACGUGCGAGAGCCCAGCAGCAACAGAAGCAACCCCAACAACAACAAGUUCCUCAGAACAUGAUAAAUCAUCCAGUCUUCAGAAAUUCACAAGGGUCGAUGCAAACUGCAGCACAGCAGAUGCAGAACCAACAGCAGCGACAAAACCAACUGCGGCAUCAGCAGCAGCAGCAAGCGAUAUUGCAGUCAUCGCAGCGGACACAACAUAAUGUGUCUAGACCUGCCAGAAUGCACAACUCUUCAGUAGACAGUCGCCGCGCCAUUUCUCAAGGGCAACUGCAUUCGCUAUCACUGGACUCAACAAUUCCCGGACAGAACGCACCUAUGAGUGCUGAUCAAGCUGUAGCGAUGUCUGGGGACGUGAUUGAUGUGAGAGGGGCAAUGUCCUUUGACGGGCUCUUUCCCACAGUUGGAACCCGAACGUCACCCUCUCGCAGCACUGGAGCGGCUGCAGCCCAGGCUCCGGCUCAGGGAACCGCUUCAGGCCGUGCAUUAAUGCAAAUGGUGGGGGUCCCGGCUGCCCAAGCACCGAUUGGGUCAAAUGGCCUCCAGAUUAGAGCAAAUGGCGGAAAACCUCGGUCAUUUCCGGGACAUCAGCUCGCUGGUAGCGAGGCGCCAAGCACUGCUAGUCGGAGAGGAAGCAUGGAUAUGUCUGUCGACGGGCGACCAUACGAGGAUACAGCUAUUGUUGACGAGUCUCAACCAAGGGCGGGAGCCAAUGUGGUCACGUCCGGGAAGAGACGUGCGGGUAGCCAAAGUGUAUCUAGAAAAUCAGGUGGUACACCGCAACCCGACGAGACUGGCACUCGAAGAACCGCUAUUGGGCCCGGGUCAGAGAGCGGUGGUCCGGCUAAGAGACAGCGUUCAACAGGCACAUUUCAGAGGAAUGCGGGCACUUCGCCCAGUGCGCAACUCUCGAAACAGUUGUCGGGUGGUAAUAUAGAAGCAAUGUCUCGCACUUUACCUCAAAAUGGUAUGCAGGGACAUGCCACUGGGACAAGCCGCGCGCAGGUCAUGCCCAUGCAGAGACAGAGACAAACAUAUAGACCAAAUGCGGAUCGACGGAAUAACGCCCAGUUCUAUUCACAUCUGGGCGCUAGUGAGAACCCAAUGGCGCGAGGCGGAAAUAGAUACUCUGGGAGGACGAAUGGAGUACCAAACCCUCCACCGUACCCCCAGAAUGAUCAGUCCCAGAGUAAUCCCCAUCGCGAUGCAUUUCUUCAAAACCAAGUGCCAAGUGGGAGACGAACUCCUCUAAGCAACGCAAACACGAGUGCCAGCAACGCUGGGAAAGGCGCAGAUGGGCGGGCACAAGCAAGGGCUCCAAAAGGUAGUGACAGUAACAUUCCAUUGCCACAAGCACAGCAGAGCGGAGUGUCCUAUCCUGUUGCGCCAUUGCAAACCGAUCCCCGGUUGAUGCUACUAGGGUCAUCAGAUAUGCUAGGGUCAUCAGAUAUGAUGAAUUACAUUGCGAGUAGUGACUUACCUGUUGGGCAAGUAUAUGGGAUGCCGCCCAAUGCCAACUUUCUCGAUCUCAGGAACGGGGGGCCGGCAUCAAAGAAGGCUGUGCAAGGUCAACAGGAAGCAAGCAUAAGGAAGAAUGUGGUACACGACCAGCAGUCUGGCGUCGGUACAGACGCACAACAAACAGAUGUGCAGACGGCUGCUCAGCUCGUACGCAAAGAAGCAAACAGUUCGCACCGAAUGAGACCGGCAUUCAGAGGAGAGUUGCUCAAGCAACAAGGCGCGAUGCAGAUCGGGAAACAGGAGAUGCCUCUGACAAAUGAAAAGAAAGGCAAAACAGAGACAAACAUGAGCGGAAUCGACAAACAAAACCGAUUCGGCAACGAUUUGAAACGCAACGGUUCUAGCCGUGCCAUGAAAACAAUUGAGACUACGGGAGGGAGUAGAGGUCGGCACAUGGAUGGCGCAAACAAGAAUAAUGCAUUGAACACAUCAUCGGGAGCGCUUCCUCACAUGGGACUGAGUCCAUCACUAGUCGGCUCGGGAUCAAAGAGAGAUAGAGUUGCCACCGAAGCAGAUAUGGAGAACCGCUCCACGAAGAGCGAUAGACAGGCAUCUGGAACUCGGGGAGGUGGAACACAGUCGCAGAAGAGUACAGCCUCCGGUGGAAGUGGUGCGGUUGAGGGCCGUACGCAGGCGGCGAAUUCUUCUGGUACAAGGCGAGGACGGGGGCGAUCAAGGGGUCGUGGUUCCGGUGGUGGUCGUCGCGCUCGUGGAGAGCGAGCUCCUCCACGAGGAGGAAAUGGGUCUCGCGGAGGAACUAGUGCUCAGGCGGCGCGCAAUAAUGCACAGGAACAAAAGAAUGCUGUGACGGCCAAUUUGCAACGAAGCGCAGAGGCAUCUCGUACAUCACAAGCCGGCGCAGACCGGAUGCUAGGAAGUUCAUCAAUGCUGAUGCCGCCACGAGGGAGCAGUGCUACUCAUGAGAACCGGUCUCAAACCCAAAAAGGAGAACGAGGCGCCAGGGUGAGCUCCAAACACGUCGAGGAGACGGAUUUGCAACGAGCCCCGAAGUUGCCGUUUGAUUUGGGUGACGCUAACGCUACGGCAGAGUCCCGAGGACCAGAUGUCUCUGGCGACCAGCAACCAUCCGCAAAUCAUAUGCACUCUGGAUUGGAAUUCUUCCCACAACCGAGCAUAGGUGGAGGCGGUCGGACUAACGGAGAUUUAAGUAAUGACGCCGGAGAGAAGGCGUUCGAAGUACAGCCACUGAACUUCAUGCCUGGAGACGGAAAGCUUGGAAACCAAAGCGGGAGCAAUUACGGCUAUGAGAUGUCUCCUUACAUGGCAAACGGUGUUGACGAUACAGAUCUCGGGGACAUGAUGAGUCCACAGAUACCUGCCAAUCUGGGAUUCGGACCACCGCCGGAUUUGGAAGAUGCUGGUAUGCUAGGUGUAGAUCCCGGUGAUCUAGCCAUACCUGGCCGAAGCCGAUCGUGAGCUUGGUCAUAUCCGUAUUGUGUGUGUUUAAGUGCGUUGACUGUGAAUCAAAGACUAUCUAUAUACUUAUACACGUACAUUGAAAACUAAAGCUCCGUCACACAGUGUGGACCCC